AUGAUGGGCCUACUGUGGACCCCACUGGCUUUGUUCCUCCUAUUUUGGGGGCCUGCUUGUCUGAGGACCCAGGAACAUCCCAGAUGCCCAGAACCCAGGGAACUGGAAGCCUGCAAAGUUAUCCUCCUGCCCAGUUGUCCUGGGACCCCAGGAAGUCCUGGGGAGAAGGGAGCUCCAAGUCCUCAAGCGCCACCUGGGCCACUGGGCAAGAUGGGUCCCAAGGGCAAGCCAGGAGAGCCAGCGAACCUGUUCUGGUGCCAGGAGGGCCCCAGGAGCUGUUGGGAGUUGCUGAACCGGGGCACCACCAUCAGUGGCUGGUAUCACUUGUGUCUACCAGAGGGCAGAGUCCUCCCAGUCUUUUGUGACAUGGACACUGCAGGAGGUGGCUGGCUGGGGGGGUUGGGGGUGUUCCAGAGGUGACAGGAUGAUUCUGUGGAUUUCUCCCGCUUGUGGUCUUCCUACAAAGCAGGUUUUGGGAGCCAAGAGUCUGAGUUCUGGCUAGGGAAUGAGAAUUUGCACCAGCUCACUCUGCACGGUACCUGAGAGCUUCGAGUAGAGCUGGAAGAUUUUACUGACAACCACACCUUUGCCCACUAUGAGACCUUCCAUCUCCUCGGGGAGAAAGACCACUACCAGCUGGCACUGGGCAAGUUCUUAGAGGGCACUACUGGGGACUCCCUGAGCUCCCACAACAAGAUGCCUUUUAGCACUUUUGAUGCUGACCACGCUACAGAGGGCAGCUGCGCGGUGUUCGGCCAUGCUGCCUGGUGGUACGGUUCCUGCUAUGAAUCCAAUCUCAAUGGGCUCUAUGUGGCCUCUGAAGCCACUGUCCCCAAGUAUGCCAUCGACUGGAACUCAGGCUGAGGCAUGGGCCGCUCCUACCGCAAGGUUAGAAUGAUGUUUCGCUAG